AUGGACACCAUUUGGUCAUGUGGUUUUGGUCUUGAUACUGACAUGCAAAAUAAUGUUAAUGAUCCAUAUCUUCUCCAUUCACAACGAUUUUUUUCGCAGGAUAAGAUUCGUCGAUCUAUAUUCAUUUUGAAUCGUUUGAUAGUAGAAUUGAGAAAAGUGUGGUUAAGCAUAUUUCAAUUACUUGGCAUUAUCCGCUAUUGGCUUCGACGAUAUAUUCCCGUGACAAAAUGGCUCAUUAAUGAAAAUCCCGCUACAUGGAUUAUGAAACAAGCCAAUGAAAUGAUCGAAAAACGUAAACAAAUUGGUCAUACUCAUCGAACAGAUUUAUUACAGUUGAUGCUCGAUUCCAUAUCUGAUGAAGAUUUCAUUCACGAUCAUCAAUCGCCAUCCGAAAAAAGUGAUGAUACUGAAGUCGAAGCACCUCUGGUUCGAAAAAUUACUAAACAUGAGAUCUCUGCCAAUAUUCUCCUUUUUAUGAUUGCUGGUUACGAAACGACAAGUACAGCUCUUGGUUAUGCGACAUACAUUCUCGCUACUCAUCCAGAAGAACAGCAGAAAUUGCAAGAGCAUAUCGACGCUCAUUUCGAUCCAGAAACAGAAGACAUCAUGCCAACAUAUGAAACUCUCUUUGAAAUGGACUAUUUGGAUAUGUUCAUUCGAGAGACACUUCGCAUGUUUCCCAUUGCGCCUUCAGUUAUCACUCGUCUGAGCACUGAAAGUUUUCCCAUAAGAGACAUUGGAGUCUUGCCAGCAGAUCCACAUGAGUUUCAUCCUGAAAGAUUUGCCACGAAACGACAUCCAAUGGCAUGGAUUCCAUUUGGAGCUGGACCACGUUUUCAAUAA